UUUUAUUGAAAAUGGAAGAUUUUUUUGCAUCAUUUUUUUUCAAACAGCAAUGUCAAAUCAGGUGAUUGUGUUACAAGAUGGUUAUAGCCGUUGGCAUACAAAACCAAAUUCAAUGUUAGCCAAUGGUUCAUCGACAUUGAUUCGAUUGAAUAAUGGACAGAAUAUUAUUGUUGAUACAUUAGGUCCAUGGGCUCGAGAUGAAUUGAUUAAACUUUUACAAAAUAAUCACAUGACAACUGAUGAUAUUAGCAUGGUUAUUGGUACACAUCUACAUACAGAUCAUAUUGGUAAUCUGAAUCUUUUCCCAAAUGCAGCGCAAAUAGUUGGUGAUCAAAGAUCUUCCGGUGAUUAUUUUGAAUUUGAUAUUUUUCGCGGACAACGAUCACUACAGUUAACCGAAAACGUUGAUUUGAUAUCAACUCCAGGCCACAUGCAUAACGAUGUUAGUGUAAUCUGUCAUAAUGUUGAACGAUUAGGUACUGUGGCUAUUGUUGGUGAUUUAUUUGAAUCAUAUGCCGAUUUGAAGAAUGAACAAUUAUGGAUUGAUGCUGGAUCAAUGAAUCCAACCGCACAACGAACCAAUCGUGAUUAUAUAUUAUCGAUCGCCGAUUAUAUCGUGCCAGGACAUGGAGGAAUGUUUAAAGUUUAAGAUUUAUCAUCGUCAUUUAAAUGUUUUUUUAUAACUUCAAAAAACUGAACUUAUUUUUCCAAUAAUAUAUUGUCCAUUUUGUUUAAUUUUGUUUUUUUGA